AUGUCCUAUCCAACACUUUAUAACACUGUCAAAAACAGUCGCUUUCUUUAUGGUCUUUUGAAACCAGUUGCUAACUAUUAUGCUAGUCUUGUUGGACAUAGGCAACUUGGUUUAAGGUAUGACGAUCUAAUGGAGGACGAAAUCGAUACAACUAAGGAGGCGUUAAAACGUAUACCGUCCAAGGAGCAGGAUCUUAGAAAUUUUCGAAUUAGAUCAGCUUAUCAGUUAUCUUUACAACAUCACAUUUUACCAAAGGAAAAAUGGACGAAGCCCGAAGAAGAUGUAAGGUAUCUUUCACCCCAUAUAGAUAAUGUUGUAGAAGAAGAAAAAGAACGAGAAGCUUUUGAUGCGAUCAAAGUUGUUCGUAGAUAG